CAAAUAUGCGGAGAGGCUCCAAGGAUAUUGAACACUGCUUACUGGAACUCCACGUCGUACCUUGACAUGCGGUCUGUCAGGUUAAAUGAUAUUCUCUUGGGAAGCAUUGAGAUUGACGUCCCGUGGGUUAUUGAAGACGAUGAUUACAGCAUCCUUCGUGUGUCUACCGUUCUUGCCGCCUGAUACAACUUUAUUCAUGGCGUUAUUACCUUUCAUAGUCUUCGGAGGGUCGGGCAACUGGGGAAAACAAUUCACAAUCAGUAGUGGCCCCGAAUACCGAUGCUUUUUGAUUGAUAUAUAUGCAUUCUGUAUCAGGACGAUGCUUUUUCACACGUUCAAUCGAUCAUUCACAGUCCUCUUCUGCUAAUUGUUGAAUCUACGUAGUACUUCAUAUUAAUCGAGGCGAUUGUUCAUCAAGUUAUCA